AGUGUCUAAACUGCUUUUAAGAUUCUAAAUAUAUCUGACGUAUAUGAAAAAACUAGAAAAUAACCUAUUUGUUUGUAAGAAAUUGAAAGAAGUUUGUAAUUUAUAUUUAACAAAAAUUAUAAACGUUUGCAAUAAAUAUGCCUAUCAUUAUGAAAAUUUUAUCACAUAAGACAAGAUUUGGAUUACAAAUAAUGAGAACAUUGACAAAAGAAACACGGCGAUAUUCUUCGACAAUAUCGACACAAAAUUUGGAAAAUAAUAAUCAAAAUACUAUAAAUGUAAAUACAGGUUCAAAAGAUGAAACAGUUUCGUUAGAUUAUCGAUUUGUUUAUCCAGAGUUUCUACCUGAUCCAAAUCCAUUACAUCGUAAUUAUAUUAGAGAAAAAUUAGAACGUAUGGAUAUGAUCGCAAGAAGAUCUCAAAUAGAUAUUCCAGAAUUUUAUGUUGGAUCAAUAUUAGCUGUAACAUAUUCUGAACCACAUGCACCUGGAAAAGUAAAUAAAUUUGUUGGAAUAUGUAUCCAAAGAAAAGGUUGUGGAUUAAGAGCAUCAUUUCUUUUGAGAAAUGUGAUAGAUAAUCAAGGUGUCGAAGUUCUUUUUAAUAUGUAUGAUCCAUCUCUUCAAAAAAUAGAUUGUUUAAGACUUGAGAAAAGAUUAGAUAACGAAUUAUUGUAUUUACGAGAUGCACCAUUAGAAUAUAGUACCUUUCCAUUUGAUAUGGAUGCAGAAUUAUUACCACUGGGUUCACCUGUUCCCAUAAAUGAUAUUAAAGUACCACUUAAUCCACGACCAUGGCUAGAAAGAUGGGAACGGAAAGAAUUAAAAGGUGCUACAAAUAUAAUUGUCUGUCAAAGACGAUAUAAGAAGGCUGUAGCACAUGCUACACCUUGGGAAAAAUAUGACCUCAUGAAAAUUUAUAGGGAAACUAUACCUGAAGAAGAACAAAAAGAUAUAUUUGCAGAGGUGCAAUCAAGUCUUCAUGAUUUAGAAAUAGUUCGACAUAAACAAAAACACAUACGAACCUUUGUACGUCCAAAAAAACGUGGGUAAAUUAUAUAUUCUUAAACAUAUGUAUAAUUAGGAAAUAAAACUAUGAUCUUUAAUGCUAAUAUAAA